CUGACUUAGUUAAAGGGAAAUCUGUGACUGCUCCGGACGGAACAAUCGUUCAUCCAAACCAAGUUUUGGGACCUUCUCGGGCUGGCACGAUCUUUGUUGUUUUAGAUGUUCCCUCUACAUCUUACAUACCUUCAAUAUGUGCAUCUCCAGAGCUUGCCACAUAUCAAACGGAUAAUAAGGAUUUACAGCCUCGAAUCAUAAUUCAUAUGCUUGGUAACGGUGUUUUGGAAAAUGAGAAAUAUCAAUCAUGGAUGAAAAAAUUUGGCCCAAAUACUGAGAUUGAUGAAAACCGAUUUCGUAUACCUUAUUACUCAAAUCAACCUGAAAAGUUAUUAGACUCAAUAUCUAAUAUUCCAAAGACAACACAUUUAGCUACCCCAUUAUUGACUUUUCAUAUGGAACCUUCAUUCAAGAUUGAUACUUCUAAUUUGCCAGAAUUAUUUGAUCAUAAUGAUGAAAAUUCAAGAGUAGUAAAGGAAUUAAAUAAAAAUAUCGAAUAUCUUAAUAUUGCAACACAAGUACGAGAAGAAGUUGCUAAAGCAACUCCAAAAGCAACAGACAUUCCCGGGAAUGAUGUUAUUGUUACAACUCUUGGUACCGGUUCAACUCUGCCUGCAAAGUACAGAAAUG